AUGAUUCGGCAUAGGCCCACCAGGAUUACACUUGCGGAAAAUGACAUCGCCGAUUUUUUGGAUAGGAUGCUCCUGCAGCGUACCCAGUUCACUGAAUGGCAUGAGCAAGAGCCAGAUCAGAGCGAUGGCGAAAAUAAUGAAACAGCAUCUGUGGACUCGAACAGCCUCUCUCCAUAUGCAUUUUCACACUCCAGCGGGUCCAGCUGUGAUAGAGAAAUAGAUCCACAGCUCAAUGAAGGCCCAUCACACGGGAGAUGGCGAAGAAGCCACAGGCAUGUCCCUGUGUUUCCUUCCAAUGAGGAACAUAGCCCGUCUCCAUCGGCAGGAUCACAAUGGGGGCAGAUAGCCUAUAGAAACAGCAUCUCACAGACGACUGGCGGAAUUGUGUCAAAACAGAAUCCACUUAACUCAUUCCGGGAGUGCCAAUCAUUUGCUAACACUGGUCGUCCUGUGUCAAGUGGUGCAAAGUCAUUGUUAACAGGCAUUCACUGGCAGGCUUCUGUCAAAGCCUUAUGGGCGUGUUGUGCCGAACAGCUGUAUCAUUCACUGAAGGUUCACCCAUUGUUUUCAGCCUUACCAAGAAAGUCCCUAACGCAAUGGGGCAACUUCAUCAACACAGCGUACGAAAGGCUGAAGAAGUUCUUUGCGACCCAUGAGAAUCACGCUGCUUCAAAUCACACUCUGUAUUGUCACCCACAGGAAAUAACCAACUCAGAUGUGACCCUCCCUGCAGUAUUCUCAGCCCACAGCAUCUUGGCUGCUAACGAAUAUCAUCUGGAAGAGGGGAUCCCGACUGACAACACAGGACAAGCCCUGACGCUGCCCGAAUCAAAAAGCGCAGACACCGACAUCGAGCUUCAAAAGAAGACGAAAUCGUCCAAACGACUUGAAUCUUUGGUUCAGUCUCCUGAUAUCCUUCUCAGUAUAUGUUUAGACAAGAGUGGACGUUCCGAGGCAAAUCCAAUGACACAGCCUGCAAGGAAAACCCUUAAAAUUACAGAAGGAAGUAGGAUCGACACGUCUUUCACAUCACACGACAAGAAGGUUGAGGCCUUAUCACGCCAUAGAAAUGAUUCUGACAUCGAAUCUCAAGUAUCUGAUGCUGAGUUUCCGCAUAAACCUCAUGAGACGGUGACUCUGGACACUAGCCCAAAGAAGAGUCCUGGCUCAGAAUCCGGCGGAGGAGACUCAACGGCCAUUCCUCGAAUUAUUGGCAUAGGAGAUGAAAGCAAUGAAAAUGAUACGGAUAGAAAAAACGACAUGUGUGCCAGCAGCAUCGGAAGUGAUCAGCGUGACGCGUCAUGCAUACACAGCACAACCGAACAUACUACCACACCAGAUCCUGCACUGCGCACUACACAGGUCAGAGACACUGCCGCGGAAGAGUCUGGCGAAUUGGUGUAUAGUAAGCAGGAUAAGAACCAAAUUGGUGCUAUGUUGUGUCAGGAGGCAGAAGCAGCGCUGCAAGAUCUUGCUCAUAGACAUCGUGAAGGAGCACUUAAUGCUAUACGACAUUUGACGGUGUCUACCAGUCAGGAACAAGGAAGACAGGAGAGUACGGGAGGUCCACAUGGUGGCCGCUCGGAACCCACUAACAACGAACGAGAGAUCUUCGAACGUUUCAUGCGAGCUUCAGCGCAAUUUCAGAAUCAGGUCAAUAAUAUGUUGGCCGAACUCUAUCAUCAACCCGAAGACAAGGCGGACGACUUUGGACUGGCCACACUUAGGCGAAAGCCGCUGGGCGAAUGGUAUAGGGGAAGUGGCACCUAG